AUGGAAAGCACUGCGGGCAACUAUACUACAGUCAGUGAACCUACCAUUCAAUAAUUUGCUCCAUAUUGGAAUGAUUGCAGAGAGCAAAUGAAUGCUAUGGAAAAGCUAUAUGUGGUCAUUUCUGAAAUACUUCAGUGUGAAAAAUCCUAUGAGAUUUCGCUCAGAAGGAUAGGGAUGCAUAAACAUGAUAUUUUAGGUAUAGGAUGCACUAGUGCAUAUCAAAAGCAAAGCCAAACUCAAAAUAACUAGACUCAAAUUUUCAAUGUGUAGUAUCAAACAGCUGUGUAGAGUCUGCAAAACUUUUGUCUGUCAAAAGCUGAUUAAAUUAAAAGAACUAGCUUAAUACCAGUAGAAUAACUUGGAUAAUCGCUUUCUGAAUUGAUAAGAAGACAAGAUAAACACAUGCAGCAAUACAUGAAUGAUGGAUCUAGUUUGGUUUCAUAGUUAUAAAACAUUUGCUAGUAAUUAACUAACAGAAAUCUUAGAGGCAAUAAGAAUGAAGGGAAAUAGAAGAAAGAAUAGUCACUUAUAUCAAAGAUAAUUGGCGGUUCAAAAAGUUAAAACAAGUAGUCAUAGUCAUAUCAAGAUAAAUUAGUAAGCCAAUCUGACUAGUUGAAAAAAGAUCAAGAUCAAAUAAUGGCUGACUACUAGAAGGUGGUUAAAGAUUCAUAUUUCUUCAGGACUACAUAUGCUAUCAAAAUGACAGAGAUACUUGAGUAAACUGAGAAAACUAUGCGACUAAACAUUGAGUCUGUUUCAAACUGCAUUAUCGAGUAUGCAAAUAUGAAUAAGCAACACAAUUAUGAGAUGGGCUUGCACAUUGAUAAACUUCACAAGAAAUAAAAAGUCAUUGAUUUUAGCAGAGACUUUUAGAACAAUCAAAGCUCUAUGGGACACUAAAGUCCAACCAAAAGUUGCCCUGAGAUAGAUUAAGAUAUGCUGAAAUCUCAGAUGAAUAUGAAUCAAUUCUUAAUGAAUGUCUCAGCAAGUAUUGAUAAGCUGAUUCUUUAGUGCUGGGAUGGUAUUAGACUUCGUGAUGAAGAAAAAAAUGCUUUCAGAAUGAUGAUAAGACACAAUUAAUCUCAGUUGAUAUUUAUUAACUUGCUUAAUCAAUUCAGAAUCAAGAAUAUUCACAGCAUGAAUUCUGACCAGGCAAUAAUGUCAAUAAGUGAACUCAUAAAGAUUGUCCUGGAUGAAAUUAUAAAUGUAGCAGAUACCUAUGUUGCUGUUAACUGUCUACUUCUUUCAUCAACAUUCUACUACAACCCUGCCUCACAAGGUGGACAGAAUACUAAAAAAUUCCUUUAUGAGCUAAUUUUAGAUCAUAGAAUAUGGCAAGACAUUGACUUUUGGGAAAGAGCUAUAACCUAGUAAAUUUAAAAAGAUUUGAACCAACACACCGACUCGGGAACUUUAGGUAAUGAGGAUCAAUAAGAAAAAGCGUAGAGAUUCAACGAGGUUGUUUUCGCAAUAUUAUCUAGCUUGUAGCAGGAGAUGCUUACUUACAACAUUUAAAAAGACAUAAUUAAGGCUUUGGUCAAUAAGAUUUGCAAGAAUACAGCAGGAUUCCCAGAUAUUUACCUUCAUUCAAUGCUUUCUAAAAUUGAUGAUUAUGUACAACAGCCUCAGUAAGUUCAAAUCGUACAUAAUGCCAGAUUAUAUAUGAGUGACCCUCAAAACGAUCCUUUGUUUGAGGAAUAGAAGAAAUCAAACAGAAAUAGCAUAUCACCUUUGAACACAAGUAUGAUGUCAGAUACAACUGCCAGAAAGAUAUCAGAGAUGUCAAGUAUCUCUACAAUUAAGGAUGAAGUGUCCAGAACUCCUUCUCCGAAAUUAUCCCCCAAAGCAGAUUAAGGUUCGAAGAAUAUUAAUAAAUCAAUUUAAAAAACCAUCGAGGAUGAGCAGAAAUUCCUCUAGCAAGAUUUAUAGAAGAUCAAUGUGUAACAAUAGACAGAUGCGCUAAGAUAACAGAAUGACUAGAUCAUUGAGAGAUUGAAAGGUAUUGCUGACAGUUCGGAUGGCCAUCACCCUUUCUUAUAAUGCUUACAUGCCAAAAUCCUUCUUCUACGGAGAUCUUCUCUCAGACCACGAAAGUAAGUAUCUCCACUAGAUUCAGGAAUUAACAAUCAAAUAGAUAGAUUCAUCAAGAAAUCUUACCUCAAAUUCCCAGCCAUCAUUAGAUUAAGAUCCAAUCCAGGCGAUGGAGUUGAUCUCAGCCAUGUUUUCAAAAUAAAGAAGAUCAUUGAAAAGAAAAAAGCCGAGGGUGUGUCUGAUUCUGUCUCUACCCUUUCCUAUUAAGUUGUGAAUGGAACCACUCUUAAUUACAGUGGAGUGAAGGAUGUUUCCCAAAAACUCAAGCUUGGAAACACCUCCAUCAACUACGAGGUCGAGUACGAGCCAUCAGAGCACAACAACGACGACAGAGCUGUCCAAGUUAAGCACCUUAGCAAAUACGAACCAGGAACUGGAAAAUAUGAUAACACUGAAUCUCUUAAAGUUGGAGUUCCAAAGGUUGGCCCUCUUCGCCCAUGGUUUACUCUUGACUUCAAUUGGAACAAUCUCGAUACCAAGAGAAAACUUAAGAACUCUCUAAAUUUCCAAUACAACGAUUACCAUUUAGGUUACAAGCUAAAGCAUGACUUGAAUGCGCUUCAGAAAAUUGUCGGAGUUUUCGCACUUAAGAAUCAUAAGGGGGAUUUCUUCUUCAAAGCUGAUGGUUUAAAGCAACACUUUACUCUUGGCUGCAACCAUUCUCAUCACUCAGGAGCCAAGCACUCAAUGGAAGUUAUCUACGACCAUACAUAAAAACUCCAAGGAGUUUACGGACAACCUCUAGCUUUGAAAUUCGCAGGUGAAUACGAUCUCUCAAGCGAUCUUACUCUAAAGACAACAAUUGUUUCUAAAAAGGAGACUGUUUUAGGUUUCUAAACAAUCCACAGAGUGAACAAGAACUUUAGAUUCGUGUUCUCAGACGUGUUCAACCUCAACAAAGCCAUUUUCGAGCCAAAGAACACCAACUACAAUUUCGGUCUCCUCUUGGAAUUCACUCUCUGA